AACAAUCACUUCAACAAUCUUUCAAAUCCCGUAGAAGAAGCCCCCCACCUAUCAGGCGUCCAUUUCACUGCAGAUCAAAAGCAUACUGCGAUUAUAGCAGCCCUAACGGGAGACAAGAAAACAUCAAGUGAAGAGAACGCGGUUUUCAACCCAAGAUUCGUGACUGGCACCAACCCCGCUGGACAGAUGAGCUCUGUAGACAUUCUUCAGAGUAAUGACAUAAGUAAUGAUGUAAGAGUUGUGGAGGUUGAAGAUGUGAAGCCGCCAGUCAACGGGGGCUUUGGCUCAAAUGGUAUCAAAAAGGAACGCAUUCAGUUGCAGAAAAGUUCCUCAAAUGUAAAAGCAGAAGACUAUUAUAUAUGCACUCUCAUCAAACAACUCUCAGCCGAAAAGCUAGCAGAAGUAAAUUCGGAAGAAUCAUGCCAUCCUGUCCUAGGAAAGAGGUCCAAGGUUAUGAUCAGACGAGUGCGAGUAUUCUUCGAGGAGCUCAAGAAGGUUCUCGGCGACGCGUGUGAGGGAACGGUUCUCAGUCGAACGGUGGAGCUGACAGCUUGGGCUUGCGGCGUCACUACAGACACGGUGACGAGAAUAGGGUCGCGAGACGAGUUUGUGUUCGAACUAUUGCCACGACCGGAACCGAAAGCGGCGUUUACAAAAGAACAAAGGAAGCAAAAUACUUUGAUGAAAUAUGGUGGCAGAUGGGGAGAAACUGUUAAGGAUUUGAUCGAGAACAAAUUGCCAAAAGACGGCAUGAGCUUGAGCGUCAACAUUGCAUCGUUUCAUUAG